GCGGGGCGCUCCGGGCUGGCAGAGCUGGCGGCGGCGCGGAGCUCGCAGUGUGGCCCGCCCUUCCCAGGCCUGUGCCCGCCGUGCCCGUGGUGCCAUGGCCGCGGCCGCCCUCCCGCCCCGUCCGCUGGCCCUGCUCCUGCUGCCGCUGCUGCUGCUGCUGCGCGUCGGCCCCGUGCGCGCUGACAGUAAGGUGUUCGGGGACACGGACCAGGUGCGGAUGACCUCCGAGGGCUCCGACUGCCGUUGCAAGUGCAUCAUGCGGCCGCUGAGCAAGGACGCCUGCAGCCGAGUGCGCAGCGGGCGGGCACGGGUGGAGGACUUCUACACGGUGGAGACAGUGAGCUCGGGGGCCGACUGCCGCUGCUCCUGCACCGCGCCGCCCUCCUCGCUCAACCCCUGUGAGAACGAAUGGAAGAUGGAGAAACUCAAAAAGCAGGCGCCGGAGCUCCUUAAGCUGCAGUCCAUGGUGGAUCUCCUGGAGGGCACCCUGUACAGCAUGGACCUGAUGAAAGUGCACGCCUACGUCCACAAGGUGGCCGCCCAGAUGAACACGCUGGAAGAGAGCAUCAAGGCCAACCUGAGCCGGGAGAAUGAGGUGGUGAAGGAGAGCAUGCGCCACCUCAGCGAGCAGCUGAGGCACUACGAGAACCACUCGGCCAUCAUGAUGAGCAUCAAGAAGGAGCUGUCCAGUCUGGGCCUCCAGCUGCUGCAGAAGGAUGCGGCGGCUCCUGCUGCAGCCGCAGCCACUGGCCCUGGUAGCAAGGCUCAGGACACGGCUGGAGGGAAAGGCAAGGGCACCAGCAAAUAUGGCAUCGUGCAGAAGAGCUUCGUAGACAGGGGCCUCCCGAAACCUAAGGAGAAGCUGCUGAAGGCGGAGAAGCUGAGGAAGGACAGCAGCAAGAGCAGAGUCCUCCAGCCUACAGCCAAGCCCCGGGCCCUGGCCCAGCAGCAGGCUGUGAUCCGGGGCUUCACCUACUACAAGGCAGGCGGUCAGGAGGUGACUGAGGCGGUGGCUGACAACACCCUCAAGGGCACUUCCUGGCUGGAGCAAGUACCGCCCAAGGUGGAGGGCAGGCCACCCGAGCCCAACUCUGCGGAGCAGGAUGAGGCUGGGCCCAGGUCCUCAGAGGAAGAGGCCUUGGCCCCUGGUACCACCUCAGACCCUGUCUCCACCACCACCACCACCCCCCUGACUCCCACCACCAGUCCCCUGCCCACCGAGCCACCUUCACGCCCAGAAGUCCCCAGCCCAGGCAGGGAGGCGAGCUGCGAGGGCACCCUCCGGGCCGUGGACCCCCCUGUGAGGCACCACAGCUACGGGCGCCACGAGGGGGCCUGGAUGAAGGACCCUGCUUCCCGGGACGACAGAAUCUACGUCACCAACUACUACUAUGGAAACAGCCUGGUGGAGUUCCGCAACCUGGAAAACUUCAAGCAAGGCCGCUGGAGUAACAUGUACAAGCUGCCCUACAACUGGAUUGGCACGGGCCACGUGGUGUACCAGGGCGCCUUCUACUACAACCGUGCCUUCACCAAGAACAUCAUCAAGUACGACCUGCGGCAGCGCUUCGUGGCCUCCUGGGCGCUGCUGCCCGACGUGGUGUACGAGGACACCACACCCUGGAAGUGGCGCGGUCACUCGGACAUCGACUUCGCUGUGGACGAGAGCGGCCUGUGGGUCAUCUACCCUGCCGUGGACGACCACGACGAGGCCCAGCCCGAGGUGAUCGUGCUGAGCCGCCUAGACCCGGGCGACCUCUCCACACACCGGGAGACCACGUGGAAGACACGGCUGCGGCGGAACUCCUACGGGAACUGCUUCCUGGUGUGCGGCAUCCUGUAUGCCGUGGACACGUACAACCAGCGCGAAGGCCAGGUGGCCUACGCCUUCGACACGCACACGGGGACUGACGCUCGCCCCCAGCUGCCCUUCCUCAACGAGCACGCCUACACCACCCAGAUCGACUACAACCCCAAGGAGCGGGUGCUCUACGCCUGGGACAACGGCCACCAGCUCACCUACACCCUCCACUUCGUGGUCUGAGCGGGGACCUGUGCUCACAGGAGGGGCAGCAGUGGGGAAGGGGCUCCCCACGGCAACUCCUGCAGCCCACCCAACCAGCGAAUAUUCACUGGGGCCAGCCCAGGCUCGGGCUAGGCACGAGGUGGUAACUGGGAUCCAGCUUCCUCUGCACCCAGUGGGUAGUACUCGCUUCCACCCGCAGAGCACUGUGCCCCGCGCUGUACAUGCACUUAGGACCCAUUUCAUCCUCCCGGCACUGCCCUUGGAGAGAGAGGUCGUGAGGCCCGUUCAACAGAUGAGGAAUCUGAGGCUCAGAGUGGCGGCAUCACUUGCCCAAUGGCUCAGCUGGGCUCUGGCAGGACAAGGAGACGUGUCCACGCUCUCCCCCUUCCAGCCCUCUCCCCUCUGCCACCUCCCCUUCUUCCCUCAACUCUGCCUCCCCUCCCAGGGCCACUCCAGACCAGAGGCCUCUGGGGCCAAUGUGCUAGUGUUGCACGGAGGCCCGGGCUCUGCCUGCCACCCAGGCCCCUGUCUGGCUCAGCUCCUGGUGGUCCUGGGCUUUGGGCCCCUUGGCCAAUGUCCCUGCUUCUUGCCUUUGGUCAGCGCCCCUAUCCCACCCCACCCGCCGUCCGGCCACAUUCCAAACCUCCACUGUCACCUAGCCACUGAGCAGAAACCACACCCGCAGAGAAAAUCCUGGCCCCUGUUCCAAGGCCCCUCCCUUCUGUCCUCAUUUUCAUUCUCUCUUAUUCUUUGUCAGUGCCAUCAUCUGUUUCUGCAGCAGCGGCCGAGAAGGCGGCAGGCAGCUGUCUGCCGGCAGCAGCUCCACCAGGGUGGGGAGCUGAGCCCAGCCUCCCUCUGCAUCAGAAGCACUGGCGUUGGCCACACACCCAGGCCUUGGGUCCUCUUGUUCUCUCCCAAAGCCUUUGGCCUGGGGUCCACCUUGUCCUCUCUCUCUGGGCCUUCAAACCCAUGGCCUAUACACACUCAGGGAUACCUCCAAGUCUGCCAUGAACAAGACCCCAGGCCGAGGCUGGGGUGGUACCAGGAUGGAGCAGGUUCCCUCUCCCUUGUUAGUCCUGACCUGGUCUUGUGGGGGGGGCUGGCCCAGCAGCCUUGGGGGCUGGGGAAGACAGAGAGCCUGAACGGUCCGGUCCAGGGAAGCAUUGAGCCUUCUGGUUUCAGGCAGGAGCCAGAGAGUGGAAGCAGGGAGGGGAAGACUGGGGGUCUGGGAAUAGGCUUUUCCUGGCUUCAGAGGUGUUGGGGCAGCCCAGGACCUGGGGGAGAGGAUCACAGGUGGGCCACCUCACCUGGGGCUGCUGAUAGCUCCCUGGAGCCUCAGACCCAGGCAGUCCCCAGAGGGCAAGAUUGUCCAUCCUGCCCCUGAUCUGCUUUGUAUGGUGUUUUUAGAGCUGGAAAGAAGUUCUCUAGUCCAUUUUUCCUGUUUCACCAAAGGGAAGAUAGAGCCAGAGAGGUUUAGAGGGUAGCCCAGAGUCACACUGGGAACAGGGCACAGCCGAUCUCCUUCCGGAGGGUUUUGUCUGCAUCCCUCGUUCUCCCCGCGUGGGAAGGCAGUACACUACCUGGCACCCAACCAUCCUACACUUGAGAAGCGCAUUUACUGCUGAUCCCUACACAGCCCUGCACCCUGCUGCCCUCCUCUUGCCCCCACGCCAGCUCCCGUGGUAGCUGUGUAUUGGAAUGCCCAGUUGCCAUGUUAGGAAAUUUGGCUGCACAGACAAGGGUGUGAGGAAAUGCAUUCUGUGCAGAAUACAUUUCUUUCAGGCAUUGUCAGGUGAUGGUGUUUUGUCGAAGCUGUAACUCACCCCUGAAAUAAAGGGGAAUGGCGACACCCAGGCCUGACUCAUAGUGGUGGACACAUCCAGCUUCCCCCAGCCGCCGACUGCCACGGGCUCCACGUGCAGACUCCUCAGGGGGCUGCGAGGCCUGGCGUUUCCCUUGGCCCUGGGUGUGGGUUUUACGAGAUCGUGUCUUUCAUGAUAUCAUAGCCCAACCAUGUGAGAAGAAAGAGAAGGCCCCUUUUCCGCACUAGUUGGAGAAAAGGGAAAGCUACAAUAGGCUGAUUUUUAAAAACUAAAGGACAAGCAGCACUGCAUUCUGGGGGAUGAUGCUGGCCAUGGCCCCCAAACAUUCACUAUGCCCUGUCUGUUUUCGGGCUCUUGUACGUGGGUAAUGUGGUAGGUACAGUUAUUUUCCUCAUUUUUACACAUGGUCACACUGGAGCCCAGAACAGUUAUGUCACUUCUCUCAUCAGCAGUUAAGUGGUGAGCCAGGUUUCAAAAUCAGGUAAUAAAUAAAACCAUCAGCAUUAACUGAGCACUGACGGUGUGCUAAGCAUGUCCCACGUGUGUCUUCUUGCACCUUCACAACAGUAGAAGAUAUGUAUCCUGAAUGUGCCCAUUUUACAGAUGAUGACACUGAGGAGAAGGGACCCACCCAGGCUCACGCAGCAGCUCAGUCUGUGGCAGGGUUGGGGUUCCAGGGCUGGUCGAUGCAUGUUCUUUGCCAACUGCCUGCCUCUCAGUGGCAGCUCUAGACUUGGUGGCCACUGUUUUUAUCCGGUGUGGCCAGGCCACAAACUGCAUCCACACAGAAGCCCCGAGAAGGCUGUUGGGGCCAGCUUGUACAAAGCCUAAAUGCCAAGCCUAGCAGUGGCUAACUCUAGUCAUUUUUAAAACAAAGUCGAGUGUAAAUUAAGAGAGAAAAGAAAAUUCUAAGACAGUUGGUUUUGUCCUGUUGGUGAUAAGAGGCAGGGCAGGUUUGUUGGGGAACUGGAGCCAGCUCUACAGGAAACCUGACCCCUCCGAACUUUGGGGGUUUUUACCUAUCUUGAGCUUUAUUACAUUUGGCAAACGGUACUUCAAACAAGGAAGGGCUGGGACUGAGGAGGGAGGGCCAGUGUUCCUCACCGACUGCGGCUGUGCAGGCAGAGGAAGCUGUCUCUGGUGUUUCUGGACAACAUGAUACGUGUAGGGGCUUUGGCUGCCACCUCUGAUUCCUCCCUAGAGAUUUCCAGUCCUUAAAUAUAAUCUGUGCUCUCUGGGGAGCAAAGGAGAGAGCUUCUGCCUUGGGAGCAACACUAACGGUGAGGCUGGGGGAUUUUCCUGGGAAUGAUUUGAGGGGCUUCUGCAAGCCCAUGUGUUCCAAAGCAUCUUGUCCUCUGUGACAGCAUUGGAAACCACUAUGGUGGCAGAGGGACAUGGUGCUGGAUGGCUGUCAGAGAGCCCUGGAUGGGAGUUAGAGAGCCCUGGGUUGGAAUCCAGCCCCACCUCUUGAUGCUACUGGCUUGGGCAAGUUCUUUUCCCUACAGGGUAGGACUUUAACCCCUUCAUUGCUGAAGACACAUAGCUCAGUGAGGACAAGGGCUGCAGAGGCCCAGGCAGCUCCCUUCCAAAGAUAGAGAUACCUUUAUGCACAUUACCACGAAUCCGCCCAGGAACCCCCAAGGUCGGCAUUAUUUUUCCCCAUUACAGGUGAUGAACCUCAAGUUCAGAGAGGUUAAGCAACCUGCUCAGGGUCACGUCUCUUAACAAGUAGCAGAGUCAAGAUUUGAACCAGGUUUGUUUUUAUACCAAAGCCCCAAACUAACUAUCGUUAGGAAUCUUGUAACCAGUGUUUUCUUCGUUGUUUUGGCCGCUGGGAAGCUCAGAGUCAAACUUUGAGAUCCUUUCUAACAACUAUACACAGUCUCCUACUGGACUUGCUUCAUCCUAGCUUUCUGUUUUUACCUUUACCCUGAUCUCUAUUUUUAUUCUAUUGUACUUUAUCUAUUUUUGUAAAGUUGCCAUGAUACCUUUUUUGCAACAAAGUGGGAUAUACCUAAAUAAAGACAUGAUCAAAAGUUUGA